AUGAUUCGUUGUGCUUUCUUUCGACGUCUCGGGACUUUGGCACAAGAAUCAGCUUUUCCCGAGCAACAACAGACAAUCCCUAGGUACUGGAGAGGCUUUGAAGGUGUGUUUGUCCCGGUUCCUGAUGCCGAGGCUGUCCGGGUCUCUGGCGCCGAUAUCAUGCUGUAG